AAUGUCAGUGCAUCUUAUGGAGCGGCCGGUCCGGUAUUUCCACCGCUGCCGUGUCAGCAGUCUCUGGUCAUCCCCUGUACUAUGUCCACAGUCUCUGGUCAUCUCCUGUACUGUGUCCGCAGUCUCUGGUCAUCUCCUGUACUGUGUCCGCAGUCUCUGGUCAUCUCCUGUACUGUGUCCGUAGUCUCUGGUCAUCUCCUGUACUGUGUCCGCAGUCUCUGGUCAUCUCCUGUACUGUGUCCGCAGUCUCUGGUCAUCUCCUGUACUAUGUCCGCAGUCUCUGGUCAUCUCCUGUACUAUGUCCGCAGUCUCUGGUCAUCUCCUGUACUAUGUCUGCAGUCCAUUAGAUCAGAAUAUUUUUUUUCCUGUUUUCAGCCU